AUGAGCGAACUCUAUAUUUGGGGAGAUACAGAGUUCUUGACUUUCAAAGAAGAAAAUUAUUACAACAAUGUGCCAUUUUUGCUUAACUACCAAAUUUAGAUUGAUUAAAUUUGCAUUUCAAAUUAAUUUGCGCUUCUACUUGAUGAAAGCAAAAAGGUUUAUAUGAUAAAUAAUAGCGAUAUCAAAGACAGUGUGGGAAAAUUGCAAAUUAUCGAUGAUCUCAGUGAUAUUGAUUCAAUAUAUGUAUCUCCCUCGAAUGAAUGCUUUGCCAUUUCGAGUUUAGGAGAAGUUUAUACUUGGACACAGGAAAAUUAGCAACCAAACAAGCUAGAUUAAUUAUCAAGAGUUAAAAAAAUUGGAGUUCAGUAUUAUCUAAAUGAUUUAGGGUAGCUACUUGAUCGAAAAAAUCAAUAAACGAUAAGAUAAACUAAUAAGUUGUAUAUUAUAGACUUUUCAGAUGAAAUAGAAAACUAAACCAUAUUAUUAACAGAUGAAAACGAAGUUUUCUUGUUGAAGAAUAGCAACUAACUUGUAAAAAUGGAGUUUAAAGAUAAGAUUACUAAAAUAUGCUCUGGCUUUAACACUUUUGCAGUAAUUAAUGCUAAAAAAUAAUUAUUUAUUUGGAAUAUCAAUGAAGAUCCUACAGAAUAAAAGAUUUAAGGUAAAUGCAAAGACAUCUCAAUAGGUUUAAACCAUUUAGUCUGUCUAGACGAAGAAUAGCAAUUAUGGGUGAAAGGAAAAAAUAAUAAAGGAUAGCUUGGUGUCGGAGACUAUAUAGAUAGAGAAGAGUUCCAUAAGUAAAAUGUAAUCUAAGGAAAUAUUGGUAAAGUAUUUUGUGGCAAAAAUUGUGUGUUUGCUAUUGGAAAAAACAUCAGUUUAAAGACUUAAGUUAGAAAAUCUCUCUUGAAAACUGAAUUUAAAUACAUAAAUGAAAUGGAUGAGAUUAUCGAGGAAUUGAGGCAGAAUAAAAAAGACAUGUAGGAUAACAAUGUAAAGCUAAAGGUUUAUUACGAUGAAAUAGAAAAUUUAAAAUAGAAAAUAAAAAAAUAAUCAGAGAUUAUUGUAGCUUAAGAAAAAGAGAAUUCUGAUGUGAGAAAGGAAAAUAAAAGAUUAGAGAAGUUAAAUAAAGAGCUUUUGCAGUUUAAGGAGAAGUUUGAUAUUGGAAAUACCAGUGAUAUUUUGGUAGAGAAUGAAAAAUUAAAAAUAUAAGUUUAGGAAUUAGAGCACAAACUCAAUCUUUAGUUUUAGAACAAUAGCAUUUUAAAAAAUGUUCAUAAUUAAAAUGUAAUCAAUCUUAUGAAAGACUCUGCUAUAUCGCCUAUGCAUGGAUUUAAUUAAUAAUCUCAUUUUUAGGAAGAAUAGCUUAAAAAUGAGAAAUUCUUAAAGGUUACUAUUAUUGAACUCGAAAAUACUUUGCAAUAAGAAAGGAAGAAGUCAGUGGGAUUAGAGAAAGAAUUGCAAAACUUAAAAGUUUAGUUUGAAAAAGAAGUUGUAAAUGAACUAAAUGAAUUAGAUUAGCUGAAUGCUUCUUUGGUGAACCAAGUAAAGGCUAAGGAUUAAGAAAUUAUUUAGUUGAAUUAAAUUAUAAGCAAAGAGAGAGCUGAAAUGAAUCAAUUAUAACAGAAAAUUUAAUACUUCGAGUCUAAUUAUUUUUCAUUCAACUAGAAUGACUAACUAAAUAACAAAGUUUCUUAGUCGAAUACUAAAUUAUUAUAGAAUCAAUUAGCAAAUACUGAUUAUUUAUCACCAAAAUAGAACUAAGUCAUCUAAAAUAGCAAUAGAAGUUAAGGGAAUUAAUACUUUGAAUCAUCAAAUAAAAAAAUAAUAAAUACAGCAGAAAAAAUCAGAAAUAAAGAUGAAAAUGAAUUUUCAUCAAAAAAAAUCUAAGAUGAAAGUGUUUUAGUCCAAUCCAUUUAAGGAUUGCUAACCGAAAUACAAAGCUUAAAAAAAACAAAAGAUAAUCAAAAUCUAGAAACAAAUCACGGAAAGUAAUUAAAUCAAGUAUAAAAGUUUAAUCUUCAAGAAAAUAGAGAUCAAGUCAUAGAUUUACAAGCAAGAUUAGAUGAAAAAAAUUAAGACAUUAGCAAACUCAAAGAAGAAAAUGAAAAGUAAAAAUCAGAAAUAUUAGAACAAAAAGCUUAAAUCAUCAAAUUAAAAGAGAAAACUUUGUACUUGCAAACAAAAAUUUAAGUAAUAGAGUAGAAAAAAGAAUAAUAUAGAUAACAAGUAAAAUAGAGUAAUUAAAUGAUUUCAAAUAGCUAAUUCAAAAACCAAUAAUUAAGAGAAGUUAAUUUAUUUGAUUCUGGGUAAAUACCUCAAAAUGAGGAUAAGAAUGACUAAGAAGCUGAAAAUAUCUUUUCAAAUAAAAAAUAGCUUUAAAAGAAGCUUUCGGAUUCUUAAAAUAAAUUUUAUGUCCCUGAACUAACCCCUUAAUAAAAGACACUUGUUGAAAGAAUUAAAUUGAUGAACUAAGGAUAAGGUAAAAAUACACUUGAAAAUGAUAGCGUUGCUCAUCAUAAUUAAUAUCAGUAAUUCAAGAGCAUGUUAAGUUCUCACAGAGGCUCACUGAGCAACCAUAAACAAAACUCUUUGGGCAAUUUAAAUCAAUUCAUUCCGAAUAUUCCUUCACUAUCUUCUAAUAAAUCAAAUUUACUUCUAAGCAACUAUAACUAAGAUGAUUAAUAUUAAAUAUCUAAAACUCGCUAUUCAAAUAAUAAUGCAAAUGCUAAUUUUGACAUUUAAAUAAACUAAGACUCUUCAGAUUUCAAUAAAUUAGAUUAAUAUAAAAUAAAUUUCUCAUCAGUUACUUCUCCUGCAUAAAAAAAACACAAUCUAUAAACAUUUUUAUCAAGUGGUAAUUAAUAAGGUUCAAGUCUUUAUUAAAAUUAUAACAAUUCAGCAUUCAAAUUUACAAGUGAGUUUAAUUCUCCUAAAACCAAUAAUAUGAUGAGACCCAGCAAUUAAUCAGCAAUACAGUACUCAACUACUUAAACUAACUUCUAUAAGUCUGAAAAUAAAAUUCCUGUUGAUGAUUUUUCUUAGUCUCAAUUCUUACAAGGAGACGAUACUUCUAGGAUGUUAAAAUAGAAAAAAAUAAAUGGAUAUUUAAUUUAGUAGUAAUAUACUCCAGCUCAAUAAACAAAUACAACUAGUACUUCACCAAUCAAUAAUAUAAAUUUUAAUCCCUAUCAUAAUUUUACAGAAACAGAGACAUCGGAAGAGACAGCCAAAAUAUAAAAUAAAUUAGAAAAUGAUAUUGGAAACCUUAAAAAGCUAAUGAGUGGAUUAAAAGUUAAAACAGACUAAGUUUUAAAAGAAGUUCUUAGUGAUAUUUGA